UUUCCGUUUUUUUAUGUUUUUUUUUUUUACUUUAGACACGGACAACAUCUAAUACUACUACUGUCAGGAGUUGGUCAGGCUUUUUAUCAACAACUGCCAGUUGAAUUCACUACCACAAUAUCUGGGGACAGAUGGACUGGCGAGGCUGUUAUCCCCUGGACAUACUUCCCUCCCAAUGUCAACAAGAUGAACUCGUAUGCUAUUCAUGGCUCAGGAGAGGCACGUACAUAUGAGGCUCUCUACCCCAUCCCUAAAGCCGACAUCAUGGAAGGCCAACAGCCAAAUUUCCAUCGCCUGGAGUAUUUCCAGAAUUUCCGCCUGCAGAGUAUUAUGGGAGAGGACUGGAUCCAGCCAGAAUCGGAUCUGUGGAAGGGAAAAGCCUGAGGUUUUGCUAAAAAAUGCUACCUUUCUCUGUUUUUCUUUUUGCAGAAACAAAUUAUUAAUCAAAUCAUUUAUUUGACAAAAUGGCAAAAAAAUUUCUUACAAUUCAAAAGGCACAUUUUCUUUAAUAAUAUAAAACGGUUAAUGAUUCCUCUGCUGCUGUUUAGAGAACAUGUGCCAACAAUCAUACACAGAGAUUAUGUCAGUGUUAACCUAAGGAUUGAUUUUGCUUCAUCAGUUGUCAUGUAUAAAUAUGUUGUAAUUUUUUUAUAAGAAAAAAUAAAUAAA